ACGUAUCGCACGCGUCACCAUGGAGCACGACGCCUCAAUGGAUGUUGAUACAUUUAUUUCGGUAAUCCAUGCACGUCCCGCUAUUUGGGAUCUACAUUCUGAUCUGUACAGUAAUAGAAAUGAGAAAAUAAAAGCCUGGGAAGAGAUUUGUUAUUUAUUUAUUAACAAUUUCAAGGACAAAAAUAGAAAAGAAAAAAGCACCGCAGUUAUAGCUGCCACAUUACAACGAAAGUGGAAGAGUCUCCGCGAUAGUUUCAACAGAGAAAUUGGGAAGCAAAACAAAAGCGGAUCUGGAGCAUCAGGCAGAAAAGAAUAUAUAUAUUUUAAACAAUUGUCUUUUUUGAAACGUCUUAAGGUCCAGUUUCACCAUACUCUGUUA